AUGAUCCCUCUGGCGCUGAAAACGACCGAAAGCACGGACUGGUCACGUGCCAUCCACAGAUACAUUGCGUCGUCAUACGGUCCGGACUACGCCGAGCAGUUUCGGGAGGAAAUCUCGUCGUUCCAACGACUACGACAGGACAUACGGGGAGCAGGACGAGAUGCCACGGGACGAGAUAUUUUGUUCCGGUAUUUCGCUCAAUUGGACUCACUGGAGCGCCGGAUCAACGCGGCCGAGUCGGGGAUGAAACCGGACUUCACCUGGUCCGACUCACUGUCUCAGGAGAAGGUGACCCAGCACUCCAUCUCAUUCGAGAAGGCCAACGUGCUGUACCAAUUGGGAGCGAUUCUGAGCUGCAUGGGCGAGGAGAUGUCACGUGACGACUCAUGUGACCCCAAGGCGUCCUUCCAUGCGUUCCAGAACGCUGCUGGUGUCUUUGCCUUCAUUGCCGACAAGUUUCUACAUGCCCCUUUGCCCGACAUUGGCCAGGAUGUGGUUCGUGCCUUCAACAAGCUCAUGCUGGCACAGGCUCAGGAGAUGUUUUGUCAGGAUAGCAUUGCCAAAAGUGUGUCUGUGCUGACUGACGUGAACCAGGAGCAGGCCGGAAAGGUGUCUGCUCUGACCGCCAAGCUGUGUGCCGGAGUGGGGGCUCUGUAUAAGGCUGCGUUCGAGUCCUUCACAGCGAUUCAAGAGGAACAGAAAUGGGGCGACAAAAACUGGCCGUUGGAGUGCCAGGGCAAAAACAAGUACUUUACUGCACUUGGUUCGCUUCUGUAUGCCAAGUCUCUUCAGAACAAACCGUCCACACAAAAGUUUGGCGAGAGUAUCGGAUACAUUCAAAAGUCCAUCAAUGAGUUUAACGAGGCUUCAAUGUUGCCGUUGCCCAAUGGAGCCAACAAGAAGGACUUCAACAAGUGGUACCGAGAUCUUGUUUCCACCGCUCUUGAUCUUGCUCGAAGCACUCUCAAGUCUUCGGAACACGAUAAUGAUCUCAUCUACCACUCGCUGGUGCCUGCUCCCGCCACUUUGGGAGCUGUGGAACCCAAGGAAGUCGUCACUGCUACUCCUCUUCAAGACAUGUAUAAAGAAGAAGAUCACGUGCGAGUGGUCGGCCGCGACCUGUUUACCCGACUGGUACCCAUGCACGUUCUGCAGCAGACUUCUGUUUACAGUGAAGAAAAGGCCUCUCUUUUGCGAAGUGAAGGAGAACGAAUUGAGGUUGCUGACCAGAAACUCAACUCUGCGCUGGAGUACAUGGGACUUCCUGGCGAGUUGUAUGCUCUCAAAAAGGAUCUUCAGAGCGGUAGAGACUCUGGUUCUUCAGCUCAGGUGCCUGCUGUUGUUCUUGGAUAUGCUUCUGAAGUGAAGACUCUCGAUCUCAGUCCUCUCAAGACUUCCAGGGAUCAGAUUCUGACCCAGAUUAGAGACUCCCAGGCUCUGAUUGCUUCUGAAGAGACGGAAUCCACCAAAAUGAAGGACUACUACAAGGACGGAUGGACACAGGCACCCUCUGCACAGGUCAAUGCGUCCCUGUUGAGCGACAUUCGACGUGUGCAGGAGUCUCUGGUGGCUGCCGGUGCCAGUGACGAGAAGCUGCAGGCUCAAUACGACGGUGUCAAGCCUGAUAUUGAGCUUUUGUCACGUGGAAUCAACAACCCUGAGCUUGAAAAGUUGUUUGAUGCCGAUUCGUCUUCUUCCAAGUCUUCUUCUGGACCAUCUGAAAGUCUUAUUGAUUUGGAUUUCUCUCAGGGAGCCGCUUCUCGGGAUCCUGCUGCCUCUUCUACUCUUGACAAGUUGCUUCCUUCGUGCGAAACUUCUUUCAGAAAGCUGCAAAACUGUCAAAAGGACCGUCAGGCUAUUUUCUACGAGUUCAAGGACAAGGUUCACAGAGACGAUAUCUCUGGCGUUCUAGUCAACUCCAAGGGAGCAGACGACAAUCUUAUUUUUGAACAGGAGCUGGAGAAGUUCCAGCCUUACCAACAGCGCCUGACUGCCACUAUCAACACCCAGGCGCUGCUGAUUAAGGACUUGGCCGACAGCUGGGAGAAGAUUACACGUGACCCCGUGGUCAAAAACAAGGUGACAGACCGAAAACGGGCUCUGGAUCACAGUCACGUGAUUGUUGAGCGAUUCCGAAAGGCCUUUGAGUCGUGGAAACAGGUCAAGACUGGAUUAGACAAGGGUCUUGAGUUCUACAGAGACCUGCAAAACAUGGCAGACAAGGUGAAUGUGUCGGCCACUCAGUUUGUCAACGCUAGACGACAGGAGGGCAAGUCCAUCUUGUCUGCCAUUCAGAGCAAUACCACCAACGAGCUUCAGUCUCAGCUUGGACGUCUUUCUUUUGGCAGUGGCAGCUCUUCUGCAGCUCCUACUUCUGGUGGGGCCCCCACCUUGCCUCCCAAGCCCCAGCAACAUACCGGUGAUAACUAUGGCCAGCCUAGCACGUAUGAUCCUUCAGUAUAUGGCCCCAACUCUCCGUUUAUGCAGCAGCCUCCCCAGCAUCAACAGUACGGACAGCCGCCCCAUCAUCAGCAAUAUGGCCAGAAUCCUCCACCUCCCCCCCAGGGUGCCAACCAGAACCAGUUCUGGAACCAGUAUCGAUAG